UUCAACUACUAGAUGCCAGAAGAGCUGAAAGGAUCAGCCAAAGAUCUGAGGAAAUCCAGUUGAGAAUCGGCAUCCAUCUCUGAAGCUGAAGAAUAAAUUCAGGACACAGCGGUGCUCUGUGUUGGCCUGACAUCCAUGUGAAAGGAGACCCAUCAGCUCUAAUCUUCGAAGGAUUUAUCACCACCUUGAACCCAAAAUGAAGGCAUUCAGCAUUGCAGUUGCAGUGACACUCGUGCUCGCCUUUAUUUUCAUUGAGGAGAGCUCCGCCGUCCCGUUCACAGGGGUUGGAGAGCUGGAGGAGGCAGGGGGCAAUGACACUCCAGUCGAGGCACAUCAAGAGAUGUCAAUGGAAUCGUGGAUGAUGCCAAAGCAUGUCAGGGAAAAGCGCCAGAGUCACCUCUCCUUGUGCCGCUACUGCUGCAAAUGCUGCAAGAACAAGGGCUGCGGCUUCUGCUGCAGGUUCUGAGGGUCGCCUGCAAUGACCGCUACAUUCUAAUUUAUUGUUUUUUCUCCUUCUUUACCUCUCCUUUUACUGAAUCUAUGGAAAAUGUUUUACAAGUGAAAUGAUUCAUGGAGCAGCACAAACAAGUGAAGCCUUUCUUCUAUUUAUUUUGUAUACUUCAGCUUUUUAACUUUUUUUUAAAAAAAAAAUGUCAAAUGGAUUUUUU